GGUGGGUCUUCAUGAUCUUGAAGAGGUUAAGAUGUUGCUAAAGUUUUCAAAAGAAAUUCAUUUUGAAGUGACAGGCAGUACCCUUGCUUGACCAAUUGAAAAUUACUAGAUAUCACACCAAUCACAAUCAACAUAUGGAGGUCACACUUGCUAGUGCAGAAACAGUAGCAGCUGCUCUUGAUGCCACUGAUUAUAAAGCAUAAAUGGUUCCUUUUCACAAAGAGACUAUGAAGCCUUCUUUUUGGAUAUGGAGGAGAAUUGCUACCAUUCUGGGUCUAAUUGGGUUCCAUGGCCACUCCAACCUCCUCAACUCUCUGCCUCUGCAACUAAUUCUCCAUUUCAUGCUACCCCUUCAUGGUCAAUUCCACUACAAGGGACUUCAGAAGAUAGAGCUGGAUCUGCUUCAAACAGUCAUAGCCAAGCCGAGAAGCGACGAAGAGACCGGAUUAAUGCACAGCUUGCAACUCUCAGGAAAUUGAUUCCCAGAUCAGAUAAGAUGGACAAGGCAGCACUAUUAGGCAGAGUGAUAGAUCAUGUGAAGGAUCUGAAGAGAGAAGCCUCUGAAAUCAGCAAGACCUUCACAAUUCCAACUGAAGUUGAUGAAGUAACGGUUGAUUGUGACCUGGAUCAUGAUGAAGAACGACAAAGCAUGUUCAUCAGAGCUUCAGUUUGCUGCGACGACAGGCCGGAAUUGUUUGAGGAGCUGAUUACAGCUCUCAAAGGACUAAGACUAACCACGGUGAAAGCAGAGAUUGCAAGUGUUGGCGGCAGAAUUAAAAGCAUAUUAAUACUCUGCAAUGAAGGUGGUGGGGAGUGUGUCUCUCCAAGUACUGUCAAGCAGUCUCUGCUUUUAGUACUGAGUAGGAUAUCUUCAUCAUCUAUGCCCUCUUACACUCACAUUAGAAGCAAGAGGCAGAGGUUCUUCUUGCCUUCUUAUUAAUCAGAGAGACUGCUUGACAGUACUUUAAUUCUCUUUGGUUCUCUGCCAUUUAUGUUGCAUUAGAAUAGGAAAGUUGAGAGAAUAUUGUCUAGCAAUUCGAGAUCUGAAUGUACCAUGUAGAUGCUCUUUAUUUUUU